GCCUGCCGCCCGGGGUCCCGCUGCCGCCGUCCUGCCCGCGGCGAGCCUCAGGCUCUAGAAGCGGGACCCACUUGUUGUAAAGAAUGCACGAAAAGACGAGCAAAGCAAGUGACAGACGUGCCCUGUGCUUUAGCUUCCCAGGGUGGUGUAAGCAAAGCCAGGAUUUGGAAGUCUGGGUGAGCCUUGGGAUUUUCGGUAUUAUUUCUGUUUUUAGAGAUCUAGAGAUUCCAGUUGAGAUCAAGUUGGCAGCCAGAUCCUUAUUCUUUGCCCAUGAGAAGCUACUCUUAUCAACAGCAACACUGAAGGAACCUGUGUUUUGGAAAAGGACUGAUGGCCUUGAGCCUUGGUUGGAGAGCAUUUGCACCGUUUCCCAUGAACCACUGUGGUGUCUUUGUGAAGGCUAUGAGAAGCAGUGGCCUUCCUUUGUUUCCCUGGGGCCAUGGUCCCCGGAGGGGAGUUAGAAGCCUUUUGGAACCUGAGAUGAAAGCUUUCCUGGAGGAGAACACUGAAGUCACCAACAGUGGCAGCCUGACCCCCGAAAUCCGGUUGCGGCUUUUGACCCCCAAUUGCAAGUUCUGGUGGGAAAGAGCUGACCUGUGGCCCCACAGCGAUCCUUACUGGGCAAUCUACUGGCCAGGAGGCCAAGCCCUGUCUAGGUAUCUUUUGGAUAAUCCUGAUGUCGUCAGAGGAAAAUCUGUGUUAGACCUUGGGAGUGGAUGUGGAGCUACAGCUAUUGCUGCUAAGAUGAGUGGGGCAUCAAGGAUCUUAGCCACCGACAUAGACCCUAUUGCAGGAAUGGCUAUCACACUAAAUUGUGAAUUGAAUCAACUGAAUCCUUUUCCAAUCUUAACCAAAAACAUUUUGGAUUUGGAACAAGAUAAGUGGGACCUUAUAGUGCUUGGAGAUAUGUUUUAUGAUGAAGACCUUGCAGAUAGUCUUCAUCGAUGGCUGAAGAAUUGCUGUUGGACCCACAGAACUCAAGUACUGAUUGGUGAUCCUGGACGACCCCAGUUCAGGGGACAUAGCAUUCAGCAUCAGCUGCACAAAGUGGUAGAAUAUUCACUUCCGGAAUCUACUAGGCAAGAAAACAAUGGACUGACAACAAGCACAGUGUGGGAUUUUCAACCUUGAGUUGUCAGAUUGCUUCUAAUAACUAUGUUUGGGUUUAACUCUAAAUGACUCUCCAGUUUAAAGAAUGCAAUUCCUAUGAAAUGGAAAAUCCUGUUUCCAAAAUAUGAAUGUUUAAGUUUUGUCAUGUAACUAGUUCUGCCUUAUACCAAAUAUACAAUCCUCUAUCUGCCAUUUUUUCUAGUUUUACUGCUAUAGGAAUAUAAUUAUAGAAGGCAUUAUCCAGUAAUAGCAACAUGUAAUUUAAGUAGUAGAGAGGAAUUACAUAUUGUAGCAGAGUCUGUUUCUAUAGUUGAGGACACCUAUAUGAUGUAUUGUUGAAUUAAACAAAAUACAAAAUAUGGAAUAUAGUAUUCAGAAUAUAAUAGGGCAACCAUAAAUAAAAUUGACAACCAUGGAUAAAAACAA